AUGCCUCGUCCGGGCAGAAACACCUACAGCGACCAAAAACCUCCCUAUUCUUACAUCUCCCUAACCGCAAUGGCCAUUCAGAGCGCUCCAGAGAAGAUGCUGCCCCUCAGUGAGAUCUACAAAUUCAUUAUGGACCGUUUCCCUUACUACAGAGAGAACACGCAAAGGUGGCAGAAUUCCCUCCGACACAACCUCUCCUUCAAUGACUGCUUCAUUAAAAUCCCUCGCAGACCCGACCAGCCCGGCAAGGGCAGCUUCUGGGCGUUGCAUCCCAACUGCGGAGACAUGUUCGAGAACGGGAGUUUCCUGAGGCGCCGUAAGCGCUUCAAGGUGCUGAAGGCUGACCAUUUGGCCGUGAGCAAACAGUCAGACGCCGCUCACUACCUCCAACAACAGGCGAAACUCAGACUGAGCGCCCUGGCCGUGUCAGGGACCCACCUGCCGCAGUUACCCACCUACAACAUGGCAGGUUCGCAGAGCACAAGUUUCAAACAUCCUUUUGCCAUUGAGAAUAUCAUUGCCAGAGAAUAUAAGAAUGUGAUGGCGAGCGGACUGGCAUUUUCGGCCGUACAGCCCAUGCAUGCUGCCUAUCCCAUGCACAAUCAACUGACCUCGGUGGGCACUAGUAUUGGCAGCACCUGGCCUCACAUGUACAGUACGAGUGUUAUGGACUCGGCGCCCCCGCUCUCGGUGCCCAGCGGCGAUUACAGCGCCUACGGCGUGCCCAUCAAGCCGCUGUGCCACGGCGGACAGACUUUGCCGGCCAUACCGGUGCCCAUCAAACCCACCCCGGCCACCGUGCCCGCCUUGCCGGCUCUACCCGCCCCCAUCUCGGCCAUCUUGGCCAACAGUUCCCCGGCCUUGAGUCCAACCUCUCCGCAGAUGGCAACCGGCCACAGGAGCCCGAGCCCCAGCGAGACUUUAACGAGCACCGGCGCCGCUCUGCAGUCGGUGGCUGUGCACUGA